UGCACUGGUGGGUGGCACUGGUGGGCUGCAUUGGUGGGUGGCACUGGUGGGCGGCACUGGUGGGCACAGGUGGGUGGCACUGGUGGGCACAGGUGGGUGGGCACAGGUGGGUGGCACUGCUGGGCACAGGUAGGUGGCACUUCUGGGCACAGGUGUGACACUGCAGAGUGGCACAGGUGGAUGCACUGCUGGGCACAGGUGGGUGCACUGCUGGGCACAGGUGGGCGGAGUUAGUGGGCGCACUGCUGGGCACAGGUGGGCGGAGUUAGUGGGCGCACUGCUGGGCACAGGUGGGCGGAGUUAGUGGGCGCACUGCUGGGCACAGGUGGGCGGAACUUGCGGGUGGCACUGCUGGGCACCGAUCAUCAGGCACUGAUCAUCACGUGUCAUUGGACACCGCUGAUCACGUGGUAAAAGACCGCUGUGAUUGGC